AUGUAGUCCACGGGCUUAGACAGAGUUGGGGACAAGUGCAUGUGAGUGACAGCGUGCUCAGAGGAGCACCACGGUCCAUUCAUCCCAACCGCCUCUCCAGCCUCUUCUUACAGAGGCCUAGAGGAGGAUUGAAGACGGGCUAGAUUUUUGGUUAAUCAACAACUGGAGUGGAGCAAGGAGGGGCAGCAGCAUUCUGUCACCAGCUCCGGCCCACUGGUCAGUGUCCACAACCAGAGGAGGAGAGAGGAUGCUCAACAACAUGGCCAGCAGUGAGGAUGGAGAGGGGGGACCCAACAGCCAGGAGGAUGGAACCCCAAAAGAGAGCAGUCCGUUCAUCAACACCAGUGUCGCCACAGAUGCAGAGAAGGCACAGCAGUACGAUGGCAAGAACAUGGCACUUUUUGAGGAGGAGAUGGACACCAGUCCGAUGGUCUCGUCUCUGCUCAGCACUUUGGCAAACUACUCCAAUCUGCCAACCGGCAGCAAAGAGCAUGAAGAAGAAGAGAAUAAUGAAGAAGGUGCACGGCCAUCUAAAAAGCCGGUUAAGGCUCCACAGCUGGGCACACUGAUGGGCGUCUACCUACCAUGUAUCCAGAAUAUUUUCGGGGUGAUCCUUUUCCUGAGGAUGACCUGGAUGGUCGGGGUUGGAGGUGUUUUGGGAUCUUUCAUCAUUGUCUUCAUGUGCUGCUCCACUACCAUGCUCACUGCAAUCUCCAUGAGUGCAAUUGCAACAAAUGGCGUUGUACCAGCUGGAGGGUCGUAUUACAUGAUCUCUCGCUCUCUGGGACCCGAGUUUGGAGGAGCUGUCGGAAUCUGCUUUUAUUUGGGAACCACUUUUGCAGGCGCCAUGUACAUCCUGGGCUGUAUUGAAAUUCUGCUAAUUUACAUCGUACCCCAGGCAGCCAUCUUUAAGAUUGAGGGCCUGGAGGGGCCAGAGGCCGAGGUGGCGCUUCUUAAUAACAUGCGGGUUUACGGGACCAUCGUCCUCAGCUUCAUGGCCUUGGUGGUGUUUGUUGGGGUGAAAUAUGUCAACAAGUUGGCGCUGGUUUUCCUGGCCUGCGUGAUCCUCUCUAUCGUGGCUGUCUACGCCGGGGUCAUCAAGACUGUCAUCGAGCCUCCCGUUUUCCCCGUUUGCCUGCUUGGGAAUCGGACCCUCCUCUCUAAAAGCUAUGACAUUUGUGCAAAAGUCAUAGAAAUAGACAAUGAAACCAUUCCCACCAAACUGUGGAGGUCUUUCUGCGACUCUGACUCCCUGAACGCCACAUGUGAUGACUACUUUGUCAACAACAAUGUAACGGAGGUGCAGGGCAUCCCUGGGGUCACAAGCGGCAUCCUGGCAGAGAACCUUUUUGGUAACUACCUGGAGAAAGGAAUGAUCUUGGAGAAGCGUGGCGUUGCCUCAGAAGACGAUCCAGACAGCCCAGCCCCUGCUGGCUCCAACCGCUUUGUCCUGGCCGACAUCACCAGCUUCUUUACGCUACUGGUGGGGAUUUACUUCCCCUCUGUCACAGGUAUUAUGGCGGGAUCUAACCGCUCAGGAGACCUUCGUGACGCUCAGAAGUCCAUUCCCAUUGGCACCAUUGCAGCCAUCACCACCACUUCUACAGUGUACAUGUCAUGUGUGGUUCUGUUUGGUGCCUGUAUUGAAGGAGUAGUGCUAAGGGACAAAUUUGGUGAAGGCGUUAAUGGUAAUCUGGUGAUCGGGACCCUGGCAUGGCCAUCUCCUUGGGUCAUCGUGUUUGGCUCCUUCUUCUCCACAUGCGGAGCUGGACUUCAGAGUCUCACUGGAGCCCCUCGUCUCCUGCAGGCCAUUGCCAGAGAUGGCAUCAUACCAUUUCUGCGAGUAUUUGGACACGGUAAAGCAAACGGAGAGCCAACCUGGGCCCUCCUGCUCACAGCAAGCAUCUGUGAGAUUGGGAUCAUCAUCGCCUCCCUGGAUGCCGUAGCGCCCAUCCUCUCCAUGUUUUUCUUGAUGUGCUACAUGUUCGUCAAUCUUGCAUGUGCACUGCAGACUUUGCUGAGGACCCCAAACUGGAGGCCACGAUUUAAGUUCUAUCAUUGGGCACUGUCCUUCCUUGGUAUGAGUCUGUGUCUGUCUCUGAUGUUCAUCUGCUCCUGGUAUUACGCUAUCGUCGCUAUGGGCAUUGCCACCUGCAUCUACAAAUACAUAGAGUUCUGCGGAGCUGAGAAGGAAUGGGGUGAUGGGAUUCGUGGCAUCUCCCUGAGCGCAGCACGCUUUGCCCUCAUGAGGCUGGAGGAAGGUCCACCACACACCAAGAACUGGAGGCCUCAGCUGCUGGUCCUGGUGAGCACGGACGCGGAGCAGAAUGUCGAACAGCCUCGUCUUCUGUCUCUGACCAAUCAGCUGAAAGCAGGAAAGGGCCUCACCAUCGUUGGAACUUCGGUUCAAGGAAAGUUCCUGGAUAACUACAGUGAAGCACAGAGAGCAGAUCAGUCUUUACGUAAGCUGAUGGAGACAGAGAAGGUGAAAGGCUUCUCUCAAGUGGUCAUCUCCUCCAAUCUGAGAGACGGGAUUUCUCACCUCAUUCAAGUCGGAGGGCUGGGAGGUCUGAAACACAACACAGUCAUGGUCAGCUGGCCACGUAACUGGAAACAGCCACAGUACCAACAAGAGCUGCGGAACUUUAUUGAGGUGGUCAGAGAGACCACAGUGGCCAGUCUUGCCCUACUGGUUCCCAAAAACAUUUCCAGCUAUCCAUCCAACGGUGAACGCUUCACUGAGGGCCACAUUGAUGUUUGGUGGGUUGUCCAUGAUGGAGGCAUGCUGAUGCUCCUGCCCUUUCUGCUGCGUCAGCACAAGGUGUGGAGGAAGUGCAAGAUGCGUAUUUUCACUGUGGCUCAGAUGGACGACAACAGCAUCCAAAUGAAGAAAGACUUGCUAACCUUCCUCUAUCAUCUAAGAAUUGAUGCUCAGGUGGAAGUGGUGGAGAUGCAUGACAGUGACAUCUCAGCGUACACCUACGAGAAGACCCUCAUCAUGGAACAGCGCUCGCAAAUCCUCAAACAGAUGCACCUGACUAAGAAUGAGAUGGAGAGAGAAAUCCAGAGCAUUACAGAUGUUUCACGCGGGUCCAUUCGACGCAAAAACCCCCAGUCGGUCCGAGGACAGCAAAGCAUAGAGGAAGGCUCCAGUCUAGCAGAGAACCCAGAGGAGGAGUCUGUGGCUGUCUCCAACCCCAAACAGGCACAGCUGAUCCACAAUAAGAACUCCUCCACACCAACCAGCCCAAGUUCCCCCACGUCUCCUGCAGAGGGCGCUGCUAAGUGGCCAGAAAAGGGGAAGGACCCAGAAUCUGGCAAAGACCUCUUCAACAUGAAACCGGAAUGGGAGAACCUGAAUCAGACCGAUGUGAGGCGCAUGCACACAGCUUUACGGCUCAAUGAAGCCAUCGUCAAGAAGUCAAAGGAGGCGAAACUUGUCUUGCUGAACAUGCCUGGACCUCCAAAGAACCGAGUGGGUGAAGAGAACUACAUGGAGUUCCUGGAAGUGUUAACUGAGGGUCUCAACAGAGUCCUGCUUGUCCGAGGAGGCGGCCGGGAGGUUAUCACCAUCUACUCCUAAAUAAACUGUCCUCCUGCUGGAUAGUUCACAAAAGCCCUCCUACACCUAACCUGUCACCUGGAUCACAAAGUUUCCGUGCCCUCAGUUCAACCUUGUUGUGACCGCCAGAGUAAACAAAGAGUUAUUCAACAGUUUUAUUUACUUGUCAUCUGCGCAUGCAGAUACAUUUACUCCCUUCCUGUUGGAUUCUGGUCAUUUUUGAGUGAAGAAACAUUCUGUCAAUAUUUCUUUUUUUAAUAUAUCUGUUAUAUGUUAUUUAAAUAUUUAUUCAUCAACUUAUGUCUGUUAUGUUUAUUGAAUUAAUCUGAUGCUGUGAGAAUGAAUGUUGACCUCAAUCAAUAUUAGCAAUUGGACUGUUUGGAUCGUAUAAUUUAAUCAGGACUCAAAUGAUUAAAUUAUAUGAUCUUCAUUCAGUUUUGAUUUUGCACACAUCUUCAACAUUGCUUCUGUCAAUAAGAGCUGAUUCAGUCAACUGUUUUAAAAAGAACUGUAUAUACUGUAAGAUGUAUAAAUAUAUUAUUAAAUAUAAUAUAAAAUAUAUCACUAUAAAAUAUAUAAAUAAUCACUAUAAAAAUCCCCUCACAAGACUGGCAGAGGUGGAAAGGGUGCUGUUAUUAAACCUUAAUGUGAGUCUAUUAAAGUUACUGUUCUGGAAUAGAUUUCCAGAUUUAGACAGUGAGGUGUUCCUGGAAUAUAACUAUGCAUUUAUGGAUUACAGAUCAGACAAUCAGACAUUCAUUGAAAAGAAAAAAACUAAAGCAGUAAAGAAAUGGCGUAUUUUCAACUACUUAAAAAUAAAAUGUACCCACUUCCUUGCAGUUAUUUUCAUAUUUUGUGGUGAAUUAGAUUUGAAUGUUGAUUUAAUGUCAUAAUUUCAAUCAUGUUCGGUUAUUUAAGUUUAUGAAAGACCAACUAUUACUAUUUUGCUUGCACUCUUCUGUCAGGCUCUCGGUUUCAACGAUGUUGCCUUUCCUUAACAACAUAAAAACGCAAGUUAACAAACACCAGCAAGAAACACAAAAACCUGAAUUUUGAAAUGAAUUCAAUGUCUCAAUGAGGGAGUUUGAGGAUGGCCACACUGCACUGACGGUGGCACACAUGCACCUGUGAAACGUGGACGUAGGAUAGACAAUAGCCAUUUGUGUUCAGAUUAGAAUAUUGUGUUUUCUCUUUAUGUGUGUCUCAUGCUUUUACGUAGCACUGGUGGUUCAUUGAAUCGAUUUUAUAUGUCA